CAACGGCCACACGUCAUCUGUGCGAGCCGGAAGUGCGGGGGGGAAGGAGAACCCGGAAGCGCGAUGGGGUGCGAUGGCGGCACCAUCCCCAAGCGGCAUGAGCUGGUCAAAGGGCCCCGGAAAGUCGAGAAGGUUGACAAAGUUGCUGAGUUGGUGGCCAGGUGGUUCUACUGUGCCCUGAGCCAGGAGAAGCUGCGUCGGCCCAUUGUGGCCUGUGAGCUGGGCAGGUUGUACAACAAAGAUGCCAUCAUUGAGUUUCUGCUGGACAAGUCACCUGAUAAGACCCCCAUGGAAUCUGCAUCCCACAUCAAGAGCAUCAAGAACGUGACAGAACUGAACCUUGUGGAUAAUCCAGCCUGGAGUGGGGAUAAGGAGAGUAUAAAAGGUGACAAGUAUGAUGACCUGCAGUCUGCACGAUUUAUCUGCCCUGUGGUGGGGCUGGAGAUGAAUGGGAGACACAGGUUUUGCUUCUUGAGAAACUGUGGCUGUGUGUUCUCUGAACGUGCCCUCAAAGAAAUUAAAUCAGAAGUUUGUCACAAGUGUGGUGUUCCCUUCCAAGAGGAAGAUGUGAUUAUCCUUAAUGGUAACAAGGAAGAUGUGGAAGUGUUGAAGAAAAGGAUGGAGGACAGAAGACUUAAGAGUAAAUUAGAAAAGAAAUCAAAGAAAUGCAAGUCAGCAGGAUCAGCUUCUCAGCAAGAGGCCACUGAAGAUGCUCCAGGUCCCUCAAAAGCUAUGAAUGGAAAGGAUUUUAUCAAUUCCAACUCUGGGGAAAAGAGACAGAUUAUCUUCACCAAAAGCUCAGAAAAUGGAAAUUCACCUACCCCAGCAAAAGUCAAUAAGGCUCCUUCUGCUACUACGAAGAGACCCAUUGCAGACAGCGAGGAGAAGUCAGAGGCGUACAAAUCUAUUUUUACAACACACAGCUCAGCAAAACGUUCAAAGGAGGAGUGUUCCAAUUGGGUUACUCACACAGCUUACUAUUUCUGAAACAAUGAGCAGCCUGAUUGGAACAUCCACUGCUGCUUUCCUUCCCCAAGGCUUUUUCUGUGCAACUCCGAUACUUCUGUCGUAAUCCGAUAUUAUCUGGAAUUACUCGGUUUGUAAGUUGUUUAUAAACUUGCUAAUAACUAAUGAACCUGUAUUAGUUGCAACUUCUGUUAAAGAAGAAAUAGAUCUCCAGGAUCCAUGUUGUAGCAGCAGACCUCAUUCUAAAAUGUUGGAUUUUUUGCACAGAAAUUUUUCUUUUCUCCUUCCAGUUGGAUGUUGUUGUCCUUAGUCAUACUGGCUGUGUCCUCAGGAGGGGGAAGGGGAGAAGUUCCUGCCUGCUCUUCUCCUCUGCUGAUUUGUGCCACACCUGUAAUUAUAGUUUUCAAAGUAUUAGUACAGAAUUCAAACUUCCUGCAACUUUCUGAGAGCGAAAAGAGCAAUAAUGCUUUUUUUUUUUUUCUGUGAAGCUAACUGGGCCCUUGGUAGAACUAGUGUAUGAUCCUAAAAGGCUCUGUAGGUAUUUUCAAAUCAUUUACCUUUUUCACAGAAUAUAUGAGAGCACAGUCAUUAAAAUGUUUGUGCAGCAUUUUUCUUAUGCAUAUCGUUGUAGCCUGUUUUUAGUAGCAGAGUGUAAAUCUUAUCAUUAAAGAUGAGCCUGUAAAAGGCUGUUGUUUUCCCAGCGAGAUUUUGGGGGUUUCUUCUAUGGGUGUGUGGCUUGAAAUUGGAAGUAUCAAGUGGGAGUUUGCUUCCUUUUGUCAGAGGAUCAGGAUACAGUGGAACAAAAGUAUGAGAUUCUUUUCUGCUGAGACACAGAGGUGCCGUGGCCAUCUCUGAGGAGCAAUUUGCCAUUCUGAAUUUGCACAUUGCUUUAUUUUCUGACCUAAAAUUCUGAACAGCAAACAGCUCUUUGACUGUUAAUUGUUACAGAAAGAUGCUCAGCAUAGUGUGUCACCUGGUUCUGCUUUCAUAUUUAUGCUUUCAUAUUUAUGCUUUUUAUCCCUUUGGCAUUGAUUUAAAUAAAACCUGCUCUUGUCAUAUGACCAUA